AUGGACGCGGCCACGACCGAAACCUUGAUACCUAUCCAAGAGCUGGUGAGGAAGACGACUGAGAGACUUGAAUCAGAUUUUUCCCGGGUUAGGACCAAGAUCCACAAAUUCCCUCCAGGCCUGCGUUUCGUUAGCAAACACGACCGCUACAUCGCCCCGAGCUUCGUGGCCCUCGGGCCGUACCACCAUGGUUUACCCCAUCUGCAAGAAGCGGAGGAGGUGAAGCACGCGGCGGCUCACCACUUCUGCUUGAAGUCAGACCACCCGGUUGAGGAAGUCUACGGCAAGAUCCUCACCAUCGCCGCAGAAGCCCGUGGUUGCUACGUCGACGACGCUGUCACGCGUUUCGGCGACGUGGAGUUUGCGGCGAUGAUGUUCCUGGAUGGUUGCUUCCUGCUGCAGUAUAUGCACGGCCUGGUGCAGCAUAAUGAUGGUUCUAUCAAUGCAGAAUUCGCAUUGUUCGCGAACCGGGCGGUCCUAUCCACGGGGCCUUGCAUGUUGAGGGACAUCUUUAUGCUGGAGAACCAGCUCCCGUGGUUGGUGCUCGAGGCUCUCAUGACCUUUACCCAUGUUCCUGUGUGUCAGUUCGUUGCCUCCAUGGCGUUCAUCUUUGACGCUGGCUCCACUCUAACAAGGUUUCCCGAGGAUGAACUCAGGAGGUACAGGCCACCACAUCUCCUCGGGUUCCUCCGGUAUUAUCUCAUAGGCAACAUGCCUCCCACAUAUCCUAACUAUGAAUUUGUCAAACACUUAGCGCUAGCGAGCAGUGCAAUCGAGCUCGCGGAAAUCGGAGUCCAGCUAACGGCCAGUAAUAAGAGAUGGUUCGACAUGAGCAUCCGGAAAGGAUACCUCGCUGGUGAGCUCUCCCUGACACAAUUGUUCCUGAACGACUACACUGCUAGUUGGCUCGUCAACAUGGCAGCGCUCGAAGCGUGCACGUCCACCGGCUGGCCGUCCGAUGGCUACACCAUCAGCUCCUAUAUCUCACUCCUGGCGAUGCUCAUGGACAAGGAGGAGGACGUGCACGAGCUGAGAGCUAAGCACCUCGUGCGUAGCUUCUUCAGCAACCAAGAGAUGCUAGACUUGUUCAAGGGCCUCGCUUGCCACUUGCGCCUCGGCGGCCGCUACUUCGACAUCCUGAAGAAGAUUGAUGAUUACAAGCGUGGCAGGCCUGUGCGGAUCGUCGUGCAUAAGUUCUUGUACAAGUACUUCAAGAACAUCGUUGCUGUGCUCUCUAUCGCCGGGGUGCUGGUCGGAGUCUUCAAAACCAUCCUGAGUCUCAAGCAAUAUUAA